AUUACAUUUUUACCUUCUGUGAUAUGUCCCGGCUGUGCUGCUAUUAAGGAGAAUUAAAGAGGAAGAGGAAGACGAAGACUUUGGGUUUUUGAAAUUUUGAUUCUUUCUUUCGCGGCGGUACGAUGGUGGAGCAGAAGAAGCUUUUCAAGACGAAGCUGUGCGCUUUGUAUGAGAGAGGGCGGUGUUCGCGCCAGAGCUGCUCUUUUGCUCAUGGCGAGGUUGAGCUACGUCGUUUUCAAGACCCUUUUCACGUGAAACCAAUAAUUAUUAGAUCUGCUUUACUGAAAGAUAUUGCCUACCUCAUUGCAGGUAGGCGGGACUCUGGAGGUAGUGACUUGAGGGAUACAAUUGAUAGAAGCUAUUCUCCAAGGCGAGGGUAUUCACCAGCAAGAGAUGCAAGAGGCCGACAUACACUUCGUGACUAUAGUCCAUCCAGGUCCCUUGAAAACGAAAGUAAGAGAAGGAAGAGACAGCACUUGGAUGAUCACAGUGAUUAUUCUGGAAGUUUGAGAAUUCCAAACGAGCCUGAAGAUGAAGCUAAAGAAGCCAGAAGUGUUAUUCAAAAGAAGAUGCAGUUACAGGAAGUACAGUCGGAGCUCAAAAUUGUUGAGCAACACAGAUCUCAAUUAGAGAUCUACCUGGGAGAGAGGUCUCAAGAAGUGGAUAGUCUUACUUCAAAAAUACAAGAGCUUGAGGCUCAAUUAUACAAAGAGAAAGAGGAAUGUAAGAGGAUCUCCCACAAAGUUAAGAAGUUUGUAAAAGCACAUUCUCAUCAUUCAAGGAUACAAGACCAACUUAAGAGAUCACAGGUCCGACUAAAUAAGUUGGGAGAUCAGCUUUGUUUAGAUACUUAUGGAAUUGAUGCCAAUGAAGAGGAUUCAAGCAUUAAUAUUGUCAGCGAUGGGGAGACUCAUUUCCCAGUCCCCUUAAAUAAGGAGCGGCUGAAUGAUGUUUCUCUGAGCAAGAAAAGGCUCGAUGUAAAUAUGGAUUCUGCCAAAGAACCAAAACAAGGUGCUUUUUCAACAAGAGAGUACCUUACCACAACAAGAAGACCUCAGAAGCUCUCUCGGUGGAACAUAAACCCUGCGCAAUCAAAUUUUGUGCAUGAAAAUGAUGCAAUGAAUAACGGAAUUGGGAGUCCAAAGCUCUUAGCAAAGGGCGACAAGCAUGACAGGAGGAAGGCUGCUUCCUCUAGCGUCGUCUCUGCUGAUGUGAUAAAGAGUUCGGAGUCAGGACCUGUGGUACCCUCAACCAGCAUGGCAGCUCACGCAGUGGAUACUGAAAAUGACAUUGAACUGGACGGUAAAGUUGAGAAUGUUGAGAAUGCUUCUAGAAGAAUCGAGGGGGAACCUACAUAUGAGAGCGGGAUAUUUCCAUUUCCACUUCCUCCACCACCCCCAUUCCCUCCGAAGAACUUUUCACAGCAUGAGGGCGAUGAUGAGAUUGUAGAUAUUGUGGAUGGAGUUGUGUAGGAGAUGAGCAGUAAGAUGAUUAGUCUCUGUGUUUGGGGAUGGAGUUGAGUAGGAGAUGACAGUGACAUGAUGAAUCUCUUUGUUUGGAGAUACUGGAAGAGAUUAGUGAAUGAGCAGAACUCUAUUCAGAUUGUUUUUGUUUUUUUGGGCUGAGAAUGUACACAGCAAUUAGUUGAUUUAUAUAUGUCCCUUUUCCUGUCUUUCCCUCUA